AUGCGGGGAUUACUAUUGAUAAAACGCGAUAAAACGAUCAAAGGAAUUUCCAGCCCGCAGAAUUCUGAAGAGGUUAAAGUGAAUAAUGAAGUGAAUGAUUACGAGGUAAAUGAGAAUGAUCCAAAGAGCAAUAGUCAUAAGGAUGACAUAGAAAGAGAACCAAAGAUCACUCGAUCAAAUCUAUUUGACGAGAAACAUCUAUUCGCGAAGAAAACUAAAGGAAAUAGCUCAGACUUAUCUGUCGGUGAGGAUGGGACAGAUGACGAAGAUGAGAAAAGAAAGAUUUGACAUUACAAAAUUAUAGUUCUUAAAACUCAGACUUAGACUCACUUGCGUUUUUCGCAAAAGGAACAAUCCUUAUUUUAUAUGCGUCUGAGAUAUGCUUUAGCAAAAAGAUAACAGAUAAUUAAUUUUAUAUAGAAUUGCACAUUUACAUUUUGAUUUUACAUUUGUUUUCAUUAUGAUACUCGUUUAUAAUAAUCUAAUAAUUACAUGUGUACAUUGUGACACCAUUGUGGUUAAUUAUACGCGAUACGCAUGCUCCAAUAAUCUGAUAUGUGUAUUCCGAUAUCCGAUAAAAUAAUCGACGUCUUCUCGGUUAUUCGUCUCAUUCGUUGAAUCGCGGGGCGCAUCGAAUUCUAUUUUAAAGUUAAGAUGCAAUAUUCAAUCGAAAAACAAAUGAUCAUUCACAAGUUUUCUAGUCUCUAUGUUGCUUCUUUCUUUCGGAAAAUUACCGCCAAGAUCCAAGAGCGUUUCACGAUCCUGUUUCCGAAUUUAUGUUUAUAUGA